AUGGGCGAUUUUGUGCUUAAACUCGAUCCAGAAGAUAAAAUCACUUAUGUGGGCAAAAAAUUGGGUGAAGAGCCAGUGCUGGCAACACUCAAAGUCACUAACCCUACCAAGGAUCGACAAAUAUGUAAGGUAAAAUGCACCUCAAAUGAGAUGUUCCGGAUACGUCCACCGGUAUUCGCAUUAAAACCUGAAGAAGAAGUCACCGUUAAGCUAACGUUUAAUGCUGGCAAGACAGUUCCGGACAGUGGUAAACACUACUAUGCGGUUUAUUAUAUCAAAGGAUCUGAUGAAGCAAAAGCGCCGCGUGCAUGCUGGAAGGAUCACAAAGGCGAUCCUGAUGGGACGAAGAGGCUCAAAGUAUACUUCAAGAAAGAGGAAGAAGGUGAAGAGAAGAAGGAAGGCGAGGAGAAGAAGGAUGAAAAGAAAGAAGGCGAAGAGAAGAAAGAAGGCGAGGAGAAGAAAGAGGAGAAGAAGGAAGGCGAAGAGAAGAAGGAGGGUGAGGAGAAGAAGGAAGGAGAAGAAAAGAAGGAAGGAGAAGAAAAGAAGGAAGGAGAGGAAAAGAAGGACGAAAAGAAAGAUGAAGAAAAGAAGGACGAGGAAAAGAAAGAAGGUGAGGAAAAGAAGGAUGAGGAGAAGAAGGAAGGCGAGGAGAAGAAGGAUGACGAGAAGAAGGAUGAGGAGAAGAAGGAUGAGGAAAAGAAAGAUGACGAGAAGAAGGAUGACGAGAAGAAGGAUGACGAGAAGAAGGAAGGCGAAGAAAAGAAGGAUGAUGAGAAGAAGGAGGAAGAAGGCGAGAAGAAGGAGGACGAUAAAGAGGAAGAUAAGAAGGAAUAA